UCGUUCCCGUUUCUGCACGUUCAAUGCCCAAAGAACCCACACGUUCUCCACCUCCUCGCUCCCUCCCGCAAGCCCAAACCACUCCGUCCCUUUAAUUUCCAUCUAUCCUUCCUACUACAUCCACCACGGCCGCCACUGCCGCCGCCAUCGCCCAUCUCCCCCCUCCCUAUCUCCACCACCGCGUCGUGCUUCACCGCGGUACAUCCCAGCGCCGCUGCUGCUGCACCCCGCCCUCUCUCCAAGGCGAUGGCGGUGAUGGCGGAGGCCCGAAACCCGUUCUCCUCUGCAGCCCGCCAACACUGGAGAUGGAAGACCACGACGGAAGCGGUCAUGUGGUAGGAUGUGUUGCGCGGGAGAAUGCAACGGCGGGGAGCAGGGAGGUCGGGGUUGUCCGAGCUAUGGUGGAUGUCGAGGAGGAGGAGAAGUACGCACUUGGCAGCGUGGGCAGGGUGCUUGCCGGAAUGCCACAAAGAUGGGCGCCACCGUGCUCACCGGCGGUGUCAAUUUGGCGGUCAACUCCAGCUGCGUCGCGGCUUCCGCGCUCUGCCUCUUCAGGCAUGGCAAUCUCAUGGCGAAUAGGGUGACCAAGGAGGUCCCCGUUGAUUCCUUGAUGGAUCAGACGGGAAUCUGUGGAUAUCUUCGUCAAAGCCGAGGGGAAUAUGGUGUUCCUGCACAUUGUGAUGAUUGUUUGCUUCAAAUGGCUGGUGCGAUCCAUCUUUCGUGUACCACGGUACAUGUGGACAUGCCCUACUGAGCUGAUUGAUGAUUCUAAUUUACAUGAACGAUCGUAGCAGAAAGGGAACAACAGGUCAAAAGAAUGUGGUUUUCUCUCAUGUUUGUUCAUGCAUGGCAUGCUUCUCGUGAUCUCUAAUGGUGGUGUUGUUGUUUCUAACUUUAUAAUAUUUUCUCUGCAAGGACCAUGAUAUAUUUCACAUUCAUAUAGGCAGUUGACUUACAUCCGAUGAAUGAUAUCGAUUAUUUUUUAUAUAGUUAAUGGAUAAUUUAUUUGUUUAGUUAGGAUUACGCGGCCAAGAUUUCACUUCAGAUGAUAGGCUAUCACACAAGUGUCCUAUUAUGACCAACCCAUGUUUUGAAUGGAGACAUCUUCUUACCGUUCCCAUAUCCUUCAGAGUUUUUUAGCUUGUGGGAGAUGCAACAAUGUUUCGGGAAAGGGGACAACACACAUCUUUUCAAUUUUGGGCAAGUACUAUUCUGCUAAAAUUAUUUGACGUGUUGGCCUGCAUGUGUUUUUGAAUGAAUUUGCAGAAGUUUUUGCGCUCAACAAUAUUUUUCCCGUUAUAGUAUUUUAGCUGCCUUUAUUGGCAUGCACAUUCUUAACCAAUUAGUAUGCACAUUCCUAUUUUGCUUUCAUAGUUACUAUAGGUGCAAUUGUCACAAAAGCGAUGUAAUAAGGCUGAACAAUCAAUUAUAAUUGCCAUGAACUUGUUCAAUACCUAGCAUUGUUAGAAUAUUUUGUUAUACACUCUUUUCGAGAAUAAAACAUUUGCUCCUUUUGAGUAAUGUAAUGUAUGAACAGUUCAUUUCGAAGGGAGCUAGAAGGGUGCGUAGUAUCUGCUAGAGUGAGAUAAAGCAUGAGCAACACCUUCAUUUUUUUUCAAACUACUAGCAUAUUAAGCUCUGCUCAAUAAUUAAUAUGAUGACAAAGGUAUGGUCCAUUCUCUUUGUGCUUUAAACUGUAUCCACUACCCAACUUAAUUCAUUUUGCUAGGCCAUAAAGGCUUUACUUGCUUCUGAAUCUUACGUCCACCUCUCGUUGGCAUGAGUGGUGGCAUGGUCUUCAGGGGUGAGCUUGGAGCCCAAGAUUGAUUAUGAGGCUAUAGCUUGGGUUUGAUUUGUAUCACUGCCAGAUAAUGUGAUUUUUGCCAAGAAGAAGUCAGUUAGUUGUACUAUGCUAUUAUUGGUGUGCAUUUAUAUUAAAAAAAAUUUUGUAACUCAAGUAUGUUUCUUACUGGAGUCAACUAACAUGAACACUGAACGUGUCAAAAAUGAGCAGUGUAUUGACUACCCAUGUUGUAGACAAAGAAACAUAUACACACCAUUCCUACAUGGUGAGCAUGAAGCCAAAACCAUCCAGCCAUCAGUCUGCUAGCCUUUUUUUAGGUAGUCCAGGUUCUGAGCGGGCCAAAUAGGGUGAUCAUUUGUUCGUCUUCUUUGAUUGUAGCCGUUAGUUUUCCGACUCUGAUUGUCCGCCAUGUCCCUACUCUGGUCUUCUCCCUAGAUAUUUGCAACAAUAAGCCUUUGAGAGUUUUAUUUGUCAUUCAUGUGCGUUCUAUGGAUUUGUCUAUAUCUGAAAAAAGGCAGGUGGUGUACAUCUGAGUUAAUCUGCCAAAUUUGGUUGUAUUUUACAUUGAAAGGAGCAGAUGAUCCCUACCACACCUUUGAGUUAUUCCAAUUCAUACAUCUUAUGUCCACUUCAGAAUAUUGAUGCAGUACAGAUAUAAUAAGACUUUGUAGAAGUAAACACUAUCGGAGAAGUGCCAUGGGGAUAAGUUAUUUGGGGGGAGAUGAACAACAGAAGGAGGCACCACAGUCAUGGUGGUGCCAACAAGCUUGGUUGAGACCAAGUAGGUGAAGCUGGUGCCAUCGACAAUCGAGGAGGCACUGGAAAAGUUGUUCUUGUUCGAGUAGCGUUCGGAAGGACCUGCAGGCCAGAGGUGGGAGCUUGGUUCUAGAGGUCGUGGGUUGGUCGGAAGAGGAGAGGGCUUGUGUAAUUGCAAGAGCUUAUGCACAUGUCAUAUAGCUUAUUGCAUUUAUAAAUGUUCUGGACCAUGGCGCACGGGCAUCCAAUAAAAUAUACAUUUCAAGCGAAG